AUGUGUCUGAUCGGUCUAAUGGUGGUAGUUACACUCUCUGUUUUCUUCGUUGAUCCUGGUCAAGGUCUGCUGCGAGUGAUUCUCGAUUUCGACCAUUGGGAAGUGUACAACGGGUCGUCGAUCAUCAACAUGGAGAAGUUUCGUGUACGAAAAUACAACCGUACGUUGUCGGUGAUGAACGGCACAGGAGUGCUUACGACCGAUCUGGACAAUCGAUAUUCGUACGGCAUUACUUUUGCUCGCAGUGCCCAGGGUAACAAUCAGUUCUACGCACAUCCCAUAAAAUUUUCUUCUCGGCCUUUCUGCGAUUUCAUCAACUCGUACUACCGCGAGUUCCAAUACUUGUUCUUGAACUACACCAACUUGCCGUUCGUACCAAACGAGGGCCUGUGUCCUUUUCCAAACGGGUCCUACUGGAUUAAGGACGGGUAUAUCGACUCGUCCAUCAUUCCGGCGACCAUUCCGGAUGGGAUAUGGCGUUGUAUAACAGAUUUAAGCGUAACUAAAACUGGUGAGAUCCUGUUUCGAGGUAUCAUGUACGUUAAAUUGACGAAAGAAAUCGCUUAG